AAUUAAAAUCAUGAAAUGAAAAUGGCCGACUGACCAUCAAUAGCGGCUUUCUGUCAAAAUAAUAAAAUAAGUUUGAGAGAAGCAUUAGCAAUGGGAAUAAUUAUAUCUUAGUUAAGUUUAACUAAUUAGCUAUAUGAUUCGCCAACGUCACAUUACUGACGGAUUAUUAAUUUUGUAAAGGUCAUUUACACCUAUGCAGUUUAGUGCUUCGUGUCUUGCAUAGUAAAGUGUAUUUAGUGUAGCUGUUUAUAUCUUAGGCUAAAAUGAGUGAUGAUGGCAGUGACGAUUCACCUCCGCGUCCCAAGCGGAGGAUAAAAAAGGUGAUAGUGUUGUCAUCAGAGUCUGGGUCUGACAGUGAUGAAAGCAUCGGCGCCACGACACGUAGAAAGAGACUCAGGCAGGUGGUGAGCGAUGCAGAGAGUAGCAGCAGUGGCGGGUCCGUGGUGCGCGCGGGCACUCGGCACCGCCGCACUCUGCCCAAGCUGAGGGACUCAGACGCCGAAAGCGACUCAUCCUCCGGCGGCUCCACAAAACCUGAACCUAAGCCUGCACCAUCCAACAAACCCACAUCAGGUUUUGCCUCUGACAGCUCAGAUGGAAAUACUGAUAAGUGCUCAAUUUGCCUCUUACGGUUCACAGACCAAGAGGUGGGAACUCCUGAAAACUGUGAACACAUAUUCUGCUUGGAUUGCAUCACAGAGUGGUCUAAAAAUGUGAACACUUGUCCAGUAGACCGGAUAACUUUUAACUCAAUUGUAGUGAGAGUGUGUGCUGGGGGCAGAGUCUUGCGUACUGAGCCUGUGAAGGUGGUGGAACGCCGCUCCUCUGUAGACCUGCUGGUUGUAGAGGAUCCUACUGCCUGUGAGGUCUGUGGCAGCACAGACAAUGAAGAGAGCAUGCUGCUGUGUGAUGGCUGCGACCUCGGCUAUCACAUGCAGUGCCUUCUGCCUCCUGUCUCUCAGAUUGGUCGGACGGGUCCGCGCGGAAUUCCAUGGUCGCGUAUGGCAGACAGCCUAUUAAUGUUUUUGUACAGACGUCACCGUCAGGUGCCCAUAGAUCAAUGGCUUUGUCCAAAUUGCGACGACUUACUCGACGUAAUUCAUUUUGCCGAGGUUGACGAUUUAUUUUCUGGGAUUGCUGACAUGGACCUCCCUUUAGGUCCUCGAGCGGUUCCUCUGAGGGAGCCUAGGAACGUGAGAAGGUCAUCACGGAACGUAAACAGGCAGGAUGAGCCAUCUACGUCUAGUGGUCGGCGAGAGAUUAACGCAGACAAUCUCCCCACAUCGUCUAGGACUUCGGGUGCAUCUCAAAGCGGUUCCCACGGGACCACCAGGCGCAGGAAUACCGGGACUAAGCGCAGGAGGACUACAAGGAGAAGCAAAACUGUUGUCAUCGAGUAUGAGAUCCAAGAGAAUGGGAAGUGUCCCGUCACAAAGACGAUCAAGAGAAGGGUUCAGAAAAGACGGACGAAAAAGCGUCAGCCGCGGACGGCGGCGCGGCGCGCGCUCGUGCGCGCGAGCGUGCGCGCGCGCCUCGCGGCGCUGCGAGCGCGCGCUGUGUCGCCGCCGCCGCUCCGCAGCCAUCGGCCCGGGAUCCCCGCGCUGACUCUCUUUGGCAACCACGACGAACUGGAUUACUUCUCAGAAGAUGAGGGAGCGUCUGAGGGAGCCACCACUGCGGUCGUUGCGAGACCCACUUCUAGUGUUAUUAGUGCUUAUAGACAGGCCCGUCGGAAGAUGAUCAGCAUUCCUUCUCCGCCGCACGCCUCCUCCGCCCCGGACGUGUUGUCCAGCAUUCUAGAAAGCCAGACCUUGCUACACUCUAAGAAGUCCGUAGUCUCAAUCAACGUCGACGGUAACGUCACCAUCAAACUGGAAACACACAAAAAUGGCGUCAAAAAACCGGUCACAGAGAAGAGAGAUGAUAAAGUUGAUUUGUCGAAAGGAGAAGACGCUAGCAAGAAAGUCCCAUCAUAUCCUGGACAGUCGAGAGGUGGGGGUGGUUGGGGAGGGGGCUACCGGGGAAAUUACCAUCGCGAACAAACCGGCAACUUCCGGGGGGGCUAUGACGGAGGCUACCAAGGCUACCAGACCCGGCCUCAAGGCAAUAACUACCAGAACCAAAAUAACGCGCGUCACGAUGGCCAGUCGUACGGCGACUUCCCUAGAAGACCACACCAGUAUUUGCAGGAUGAGGAAUUUGAUCGACGAAGGUCUCUGCCGGAUAACAGACAGAAUUAUCAAAAUCAGAGGCAGGAGCAGCGUUUUGGGAAUAAUUGGCAGCCAUACAACGCGCCACAGCGACCGGACAACCACGCAGAAGGCCCAUCCCCGAGACACUCUUUCGGAGGCUUUGAAAAUCCUUUAGAUAUGCGCACGGGGGCCACCGGUUCACAACCGACCCCUCUGCUCUCACGCCCGGCGCCGCAGCCCUAUCAGCCGCUACCGGAGCCUCCUUCUUUCAGAUUUGACCCGAGCAAAACUUCUGACGUCGACAAAUCUGAAGAUGAGAAAAGCGAUUCCGGCCUCGUCAUCGAUACGGAGAAAUAUGAUCCGACAGAGCCGACGAAUGAUGAAGAAGAUAGUGGAGAAGAAUCUGGUCCUUCAAGUGCCAAGGAGCCCUUGCCGGCGCCCACCGCGCCGCCGCCGCCCCCGUCGCUGCCCCCCGGCAUGCAGAGCUUGCUCGCCGGCAUCGACACCACAGCGAUCAAUGUGCCUCCUAGUGUGCUCGACACUGCCGUGAGACAAGUGCUGCAAGAACACAGGGGUCUCAUAUCGUCGCCGGCCGCGGCGCCGCGGCAGCCGACCAGCGACGACGAUUCGGACGGAGAUUGUCCCAACUUCUCCAUCUAUUCCGCCACGAGCGUCCACAUCGCUAACAACACGGGCAUCACGCCCGAUGAACAACCGCCUCUACCUCCGGUUGAUGAUAUGCAAGAUUUAGUACAAGAAGACGACGAUACAGCCACGCCUGAUACGAUCACUCCUGAAGCUGGAAAUUCGCCGCUUGAAAGAGAUUUGUCAGACCACAAAUCUACUACAAGUACUAAAAUCAAUGAAAUUAAGAAGAAAGAAGAUGAAUAUAAAGAAAAAGUGUCCAAGCGGUGUCCGAUCACGCCGAUACCCCGGAAUCCUAUAAAGAUCAAGAUAAACACGCCGUCACUGAUCAAACGGGUGUCGUUGUAUGACGAUGAUGAACCGGCUGAAGAGGAAGAAUCCACUAAAAUGAACGAGACACCAACAGAUAAACAACCUGAAAAAAUAAUAGAAAGUUCAAAAGACAACAUAGUAAAAGAAUCUUUAGAAAAAGACGAAUCAAUUAAUAAAGAAACAGAAAAAAAAUCUGAGGCAGUAACUAAAGUUGUGGCCGAGGAUAAUGAUAGAGAAAAAUCGCCUGGAAAAGACGAAGGAAUCUCAGCGGAGAAAGAUGAAAUCAAAGAUGAUAUUAAUGAGGAUGUUGUGGGAGCACCUGUGAACGGAGAUGCUAAAACUCCAGACAAACAUGACGAGGAAGAUGACGGCGAGGCCAAAUCUGAGGGAGAACGUUCUGACGAUGGAAUAUCAGAGCCAGAAAUGGGAGACAAGCGGCGCCGUGGAAAUGACGAUGAUAAGAAUGAAGAGAUAGUUGAGAAAAUGACGGAAUCCAUCAGCGAGACUGAGGACGAGCGCAGCUACACGCCUUGCCUCGACGAGAACAAGUCCAAAGAUACCUCGCUAGAGACGGAAAAAGAUAAAGCAUUAGAAGGGCUCGAUACCGAAAUGAUAUCAGAAGACGAAGGCAACGAGAUGUUCUCUGAUCAGGAUAAGGCUUCCUUUAGAGAAACUCCGCCGCCAGUCCCGCGACAAGAAGAAGAAGAUGGCGAAAUCACCGAGAAGAGGAAAGAUAAAGAAGAAAAGGAAGAGGUGAAAAAGAAGAAGAAGGCUUCCAAAAAAGAAGGGAAAGAGAAAGGCAAGAGCAAGAAAAAGAGCGAAGUGGUUUUCAAAAAGUUGAGCAAGAGCGGUAAAGAGCGUAAUUACCGCGAGCGAGACAAAGACAAGAAGAAGAAUAGAGAUUCAGACGGGGAGAAAGAAAAGAAAAAACGCAAAGAGAAGCGUAAGGACCUGGAGCGGUACGAUGUGAGGACCGUGGUGACGGAGAAGCGGAGGAAGGUGAAGGAUCCGUUCGGGAGAGACGUGUCCCCGCGGCGCUCGGCCUCCCCCUCCCCCUCCCCCUCGCCCUCCCCCUCCCCCUCCCCGGCGCGCUCCGCCUCGCUGUCCCGCGGGCCCUCGGCCUCGCCGCCGCGUCGCGUGCGGCGCUCGCUGUCUCGUCCGCGGCGCCUGUCGCUCACUCCGCGGUCGGCGACGCCGGUGCUGCCGGCGCCGGCGCGGCGGCGCUCGCCGGCCCCGGCGCGGCGCCGGCGCCGGUCCGGGUCGCGCCGGCGCUCGUCCCGGCGCCGGCGCUCGAGCUCCCGCAGUCGCAAGCGCCGCCGCUCUGCGUCCAAAUCUCCUUCUAAACCCAAGUCGGGGAAGCGGCGGCGCCGCGCGCGGUCGGAGCGCGAGGAGUCGCGCGCGCGCACCAAGCGGCGGCGGCGCCCGUCGCCCGCGUCCGUGGACUCGCGCCUGCUGUCGCCGCGCACGCCGCCGCCCGACGCCCCGCUCGACGCCCCGCCCACGCCCACGCCCACGCCCCGCCUCAGACACCGACGCAUGAGAGAUAACACAGGCCCGUCUAAAGAAGUGUUCACUUCGGGAGAUAACAUCCUCGUCAGUGUUAGCUUCAAGGAGCAGGACCGCGCGCGCUCGGCGUCGCGCGGACGGCGGCGCGCGCGGCGGCGGGCGGCGCCCCCGGCGCCCCCGCCCGCGCCCCCGGCGCCCCCGCCCGCCGCCGCGCGCCCCGUCGCCAUCAUCGACCUGGAGCGCUCUCCCUUCCGCGAGCUCACGCCUGAGCAGCGCGACGUCAUCGUGCUCAGCGACAGCGACCACGGCAAGGAUCACACAGAGGAGCCCGCGAUAGCUAAACCGGCUCAAGCGUCCCCCGCGCCGGAGCCGGCCGCGGCGUCCGGGCCGAAGACCCCGCCGUCCCCGCACGCGGCGCCGGCGGCCGCGCCCGCCGCCGCGGCGCCCGCAGAGCCUGGCGCUGCGGAGCCCCGCGGCCCCAACACGCCGCCGGAGCCCCCCGAGUCCCCGGACGCCUACGACCCGUUCGAGCCGACGCGGUCGGCAUCGGCGUCGCCGCGCGCGGCCGCGGCUGCGGCUGCGGCUGCCGCGCCCGCCACCAUGACGCUGGAGGCGGCGCAGAAGACAAAUAUGUCGGCCGACGAGGUCAUCGACCGCCGACCGCUCUCGCCUAUGGAGAAGGUGCUACAGUUGUUGCAAUCGACGCGCGAUGCGCCCCCGUCGCCGGUGCCGGGCGCGGGCCACACUCCGCAGCCGGCGCCGGAGCCGCAGCCGGCGCCGGCCAAGCAGCCGCGCAUCGUCCUCCCCGAGCCCGCCAAGCUGUUCCUGGCCAAACCCUCGCCCAUCAAGUCCGACCCGAUCAAACCUAUGCAGAUGCAGACGAGCAAGAUCUCGCGGCUGCCGCUGCCGCGGCGGCCGGCGCCGGCGGCGCUGCCGGCGCUGGAGCCGUCGGAGUCGCCGUACUCGCCGGGCUCCUCGGACUUCGGCGAGUUGUUCUCGCCGCGGCCGCAGCACGCGCAGCACGCGCAGCGCACGCGUCGCGCGCGCGCUAAGCACGCCAAGGUCCCCGUCAAGCUCAGGAAGAAAGGCAAGACGCAAGUGGGCGUGAAGAUAGACGAGGACAACCUGAAGAUCCUGGACGAGCUGCCGUCGUCGGCCGUGGAGAUGCAGGUCAAGAGCAAGUUCUUGAAGAAGCUGAACCGUCAAGAGCGAGUGGUGGAGGAGGUGAAGCUGGUGCUGAAGCCGCACUACAACAAGAAACACGUGACCAAGGACGAGUAUAAGGAUAUCCUGCGCCGAGCCGUGCCCAAGAUCUGCCACAACAAGACGGGCGAGAUCAACCCCACGAAGAUCCAGGCGCUGGUGGAGGCCUACGUCAAGAAGUUCAGGAAAAAACACAAACAGCCGCCCGCGUAGCAGAUUCUAUCAGAUGUAAUAUUGUAAUUAUAAUUUAUGUACGAAUCUUGUAUUUUACUUAAAGACGUUUAAUUUAAUUAUGAAAUAGAAUAAAUCUUAGAUUGAUUUAUACAAA